CUGCCCGCCGCCCACAUCGAGUCCUUCAACUACGCCAUCAGCGAGGGGGUGUACCGCGCCCUGCAGGACAUCCCGCCGGUGGAGCUGGCGCUGAAGGACGGCCGCGUGGCGCUCACCGUGGUGGGGAUCGCCAUCUCGCCGCCCGUGGUGCCCAAGGGGACGCUGUGCCAGGAGGUGAAGGUGUUCCCGGCCGAGUGCCGCGGGCUGCGCAGCACCUACCGCGGGCGGCUCACGGUUGACAUCAGCUGGUCACUGAAUGGCAUUCCACAAGGGACUAUUAAACAGCCUGUAGGGUAUAUUCCAAUCAUGGUGAAGUCCAAACUGUGUAACCUCUAUAAUCUUUCUCCCCAAGAGCUCAUCCAGCACCAUGAGGAGGAGGAGGAAAUGGGGGGCUACUUCAUAAUUAAUGGCUUAGAGAAAGUAAUUAGAAUGCUGAUUAUGCCCAGGCGCAAUUUCCCUCUUGCGAUGACAAGACACAAGUGGAAAAACAGAGGUCCUGGUUUCACAGAGUACGGGGUAGUGCUGCACUGUGUUAAAGAUGAGCACAGUGCAAUAAACAUGAACCUUCACUACCUGGAAAACGGCUGCGUAAUGGUGAACUUCAUUUUUCAGAAAGAACUGUUCUUCCUUCCCUUGGGAUUUGCUCUAAAGGCAUUAGUUAAUUUCACAGACUACCAGAUUUUUGAAGAGCUGGUCAAAGACAAGAAAAACGACACCUUUUAUGUGAACUGCGUUACUGAGAUGCUAAGAGCAGUAGCUGAAGCAGGUUGUUACACACAGCAAAACGUCCUCGAAUACCUUGGAAAGAGCUUCAGAGUAAAACUCAACCUUCCUGAGUGGUACAGCAAUGAACAGGCUGCAGAUUUCAUUUUCAACAAGUGUAUCUGCAUACACUUGACAGACAGAACUGAAAAAUUCUACCUGCUUUGUAUGAUGACCCGGAAGCUGUAUGCUUUUGCCAAAGGGGAGUGCAUGGAGGAUAAUCCAGACAGUCUGAUGAAUCAAGAAGUGCUUACUGCAGGACAGCUUUUCCUUAUGUUCCUAAAGGAGAGGCUUGAGAACUGGUUGCAAUCUGUUAAAUUCAUUUUGGAGAAGAGAACAGAAAAGGCCGACAUCAACGUCAAUACAGACAGCCUGAUGAAGGCGUUCAGCCUGACCACAGAUGUUACCAAGUCAUUUGAGUACCUUCUUGCAACUGGUAACCUGCGAUCUAAGACCGGCCUGGGCAUGCUGCAGGACAGCGGGCUGUGUGUGGUGGGGGACAAGCUGAAUUUUGUUCGCUACCUUUCGCAUUUCCGCUGCAUACACAGAGGGUCGGCGUUUGCCCAGAUGAGAACUACCACGGUACGCAAACUGCUGCCGGAGUCCUGGGGGUUCCUGUGCCCAGUGGACACCCCCGAUGGAGAGCCCUGCGGUCUGAUGAACCACAUGACAGCUGUGUGUGAAAUAGUGACAGAGAUGGUUCCUGUGACAGACCUGCCACCUCUGUUAUGUGCUCUAGGUGUUGUCCCCAUUGAUGCGACCCCAAGCAAGCCGUACGCUGAGUGCUACCGCGUGGUGCUGGAUGGUGCAGUGGUGGGCUGGGUCGAGUGGGACCUGGCUCCUCAGGUUGCAGAAGCCCUCCGGCGAUUCAAGAUAACACAAGAGAAGAGAUUUCCUGCGCGGGCAGAAGUGGUCCUUAUCCCAAUGACAGGAAAACCCAGUCUGUAUCCUGGCUUGUUCAUCUUCACUACCCCUUGUCGAAUGGUGCGGCCUGUCAAAAACCUGCUGUAUGGAAGGAAGGAAUGGAUUGGUACUCUGGAACAGGUCUUCAUGAAUGUGGCCACCAUGGAGUCAGACAUUGUGCCUGGAGUCACCACCCACCAGGAGCUCUUCCCUCACAGCAUUCUGAGUGUGGUGGCCAACCUCAUCCCCUUCUCUGACCACAACCAAAGUCCUCGAAACAUGUACCAGUGCCAGAUGGGAAAGCAAACCAUGGGGUUUCCAGUGUAUAACUACAAGGACCGCUCAGAUAACAAGUUGUACCUCCUCCACACCCCUCAGAGCCCUCUGGUGAGGCCCAGAAUGUAUGACUAUUAUGGUAUGGACAGCUACCCAGUCGGUACCAAUUCAGUUGUGGCUGUCAUCUCCUAUAGUGGCUAUGACAUGGAAGAUGCAAUGAUUGUCAACAAAUCUUCUUGGGAGAGAGGGUUUGCUUACGGAAGUGUUAUCAAGAUGGAGAGCAUUGACCUUUCCCUUAAAGCUAGCAGGGGAGGUGAUAAUUUAGUGUUUGGUAUCAGGCCUGGGGACCCAAACAUUAAGGAGAAGUUGGAUGCUGAUGGACUGCCUUUUGUUGGCUCCAUCCUGCAGCCCGGGGACCCGUUCUACAGCUACAUGAACCUUAACACAGGGGAGACCUUCACUGUGUACUACCAGAAUAAAGAAGUCGGCAUUGUGGACAACAUCAAGCUGUGCAGUAAUGACCGUGGCACUGGGAAAUUCAAGAAGGCUUGCAUCACUGUGAGAGUUCCUCGAAACCCAACUGUUGGAGACAAAUUUGCCAGCCGCCAUGGGCAGAAGGGCAUCCUGAGCCAGCUCUGGCCUGUUGAAGACAUGCCGUUCACGGAGAAUGGGAUGGUUCCAGACAUCCUCUUCAACCCCCAUGGGUUCCCCUCCCGUAUGACCAUCGGGAUGUUAAUUGAGAGCAUGGCGGGGAAGUCAGCAGCACUGCACGGCGCCUACUACGAUGCCACUCCCUUCACCUUCACGGAGAAAAACUCCGCCUUGAAGUACUUUGGUGAGACUUUGGUGAGCGCGGGCUAUAACUUCUUUGGGACAGAAAAGAUGUACAGCGGAAUCAGCGGCGUGGAGCUGGAGGCAGACAUCUUUGUGGGAGUCGUGUACUACCAGCGCCUGCGCCACAUGGUCUCAGACAAGUUCCAGGUGAGGACUACAGGACCCCGGGAUUCCGUCACCAACCAGCCUGUCAAGGGGAGGAACGUGGAAGGGGGGAUUCGCUUUGGUGAGAUGGAGCGUGAUGCGCUGUUGGCUCAUGGCACCUCCUUCCUGCUGCACGACCGCCUGUUCAGCUGCUCUGAUGGCUCGGAAGCCUAUGUUUGCACGAGCUGCGGCAGCAUGUUAUCUCCUCUGCUCCAGCGCCCACCACCUUCCUCCGUAGCAAGCAACAGGAGGUAUUCCUGCAUGCUCUGUGGCAGGAUGGACACCAUCCAGGUCAUCCCCGUGCCCCACGUCUUCCGGUACUUCUUGGCAGAGCUGGCAGCCAUGAACAUCAAGCUAAGGCUCACGCUGGAGCAGUAAUCCUGCAGUGAGAGGAAGGAAGCACGCCUUAGUUCUGCCUUUGCCCCCUAUGGGUUUCAAGGGUUAAGUUCUCAGGUUUGUCAAACAGUUACAAGGUUAACUUCAUGUUUGCGUUGUGAUGGGGUGAAGCCGCAUUGUGCAGAAAUGCGGUCCCAUUGGUGUUUGUUUGCACGUUGUAAAAAAUUGCUAUUGCAACGUGUGUGGAAAUCAAGCAGGAUCACUGUUCCUAUGGGCUUGAA